AUGAACACGAGUUACUUGCCUGACGAUAUCCUUGACGCCGCACUCAAAAGUGCAGCAGAGACGCUCAUUCAGUGCCUCCAGACAAUGCCAGAACUAGAGGGAGCUAAGGUUGCAAUUAUUGGUGGGAUGGCAGUCCGACACUAUUUGACAAGCUACCGGGGAACCUUCGAUGUGGAUGUUCUACUUUUCAGGCCUGACCGUCCCAUUGACUACAAACUGAUGCGCAAGGAGCUGGUCUCCCGGUUUUCAGGUUUGUUCAAGGAGCGUGCAGAGCCUCUGCUCUUCAAAUACAAACCUAUGGACGAGCUUAAGAACAGACGUAAGGCCAAACGUUCGUACUUAGUGCAGGUGGACAUUAUUCCAGACUAUUUGAGGCCAUCUGCUUUUGUCAACCCGGCGGACCUUCUUGCCUACAAGGUCCAUUGCUCCAGUAUGCGUUCCAGUCUCAAGAAACAGAAACAGGACGCCGAGGACGCGGUGAGGCUCUGGCAAACUUAUUACGGGCGUCUGCUCCUGAAUCAAUAG